AUGGAUUUGCCUCCGGGAUUCAGAUUCCAUCCAACAGAUGAAGAGAUCAUAAUUCAUUAUCUUGUGAAGAAAGCUUUGGACAGAAGAUUCAGUGCAAGAGCCAUAGAAGAAGCUGAUCUCAAUAAGUGUGAACCGUGGGAUUUAACUAAAAAGGAAAAGAUGGGAGAAAAAGAAUGGUUCUUUUGCAAGAAAGAUAGGAAAUACCCAACGGGGAUGAGAACAAAUAGAGCAACAGAAUCAGGAUACUGGAAGUCUACUGGAAAAGAUAAGGAGAUCUACAAGGGCAAAAACUGUCUUGUUGGGAUGAAAAAAACCCUAGUUUUCUACAGAGGGAGAGCUCCAAAAGGAGAGAAAACUAAUUGGAUCAUGCAUGAAUACAGACUUGAAGGAAGUUUUUGCAGUUACAACCUUUCUAAGACAGCUAAGGAGGAAUGGGUUGUUUGUAGAAUUUUUCGCAAGAACACAGAAGUUCUCAGCAGAAGUAAUCCAGGUGCAGAAUUUCCAAGAAUGGACUCCUUUAAGGAACAAUAUUUCUUGGAUAGCCAUACACUGCCACCAUUGAUGGAUGUUUCUUGUAGACCUAGUUCAAGCUUUACAACUGAUGAAGAAGGCAAAUUCAUCAUAGAAAAUUCUCUCUCAGCAAUUCCAGAGCCAAAUCUCAAUUCUUAUAAUCAAAGUAGUAUUCCUAAUUCAAAUUUUCCAAGUCAAGUGUCAUUAGAUCUUCCUUUCCAGUACCAAGACAGGAUCAGUUCGACGAUGAAGACUUGUACAACCUUUCCCUUUAGAGAAUUUGAUCAAACUGAUUUAAGAAUUGUAGCACAGAACCAAGGAAUACUGGAUCCUGGAAGAACUGCUUACAAGAUGGAACAAUUCUCUACGACAAAUUCUAUGGUUAGUAUUUCCCAAGACACGGCCCGAUUUGGCAUGGAAAUGGCCAAUGAGAUGACUACUGUGGCUUCGAAAGGAGAAACUGAAAGAGAUAAGCCGUUUGAUGACUUUGAGGGCCCUCUUUUCAGUCCCUAUAUUUCAAAUUUGGAUUACUUGUGGAGUUACUGA